UUACAUCAUCCCUUACACCAUUCAUGGCAAUGUGUUUGAGCAAGUAUAUAAAACGGUAUAUAUUAGUUUAAAAAAGCGAAGUUGCUUUAUAAAAGCUAUCUAUAUUAACUGAUCAUAUCGUUUUGUUAUGGAAGAAAAAUUGCCCGCGUACGAGGAGAAUACGUCGGGAUAUCAUAAUGUCAUAAAGAAAUUUGAAUACCUUGAUCAUACAGCUGAUGUGCAAAUUCAUUCAUGGGGCGAUAACAUUGAAGAAACCUUCGAGCAAGCGGCUAUGGCAAUGUUUAACUAUAUGACAGAUAUUGACGGCGUCCGACCGGUUAAAACGGUUGAAAUAACGGCGGAGGGUACGGACUAUAUGUCGCUGCUGUUUCACUUUAUGGACGAGUUUCUUUUCCUGUCGAGUUGCGACGAUUUUUUUAUGGCAAGGGAAAUAAAGAUCACGAACUUUGAUCGCGAGAACUGGCGCAUGGAAGCGUUGGGUUAUGGGGAAGAUUUUAACCAAGAACGGCACGGUGGGAAAGGCACCGAAGUGAAAGCAAUCACUUACAGUGCAAUGCAAGUUAUUGAGAGUGAAGCAAAAUCCGAAAUCUUUGUCAUUGUUGAUAUUUAAUAAAGGGUAAUGAUAAACAUAAGUAUCACAACGACCCAAAGCAAGAAGCCUUCUCUCUUCAUACCACAAGGCAACAAACUGUAUUGUACUGGUGUGGUGUAUAUGGGGCACAGGUUUAUUAUUAGUACCUAAUCCAUGCAUAUUUAACAAUUAAUAUUUCAUUGUGUUUAAGAUGACCUAAAGUUUUUGUGAUACUCCUUAAUAUGCAAACUCAUUAGGACCAAAAUAAGGGUACGCAGUAAUACGUUUUAUUUCCUUUUUAUAAAAUUUUAACACAAUUAAAGCAAUAUUACUGUCAGCUGUUUGAGAAAACCCCAACAGCUAGUAACAAA